GUUGGUCGUGUGGAGCGUGACACCCCGCAGGUUACUGGACAUCAGCUUGCUGUGCUAGACAUUGCUUGGUGUCCACAUAAUGACAACCUCAUUGCCAGCGCAAGUGAUGACUGCUCUGUGAUGAUCUGGAACAUUCCUGAUUGUGGGCUGACUACAAAUAUGACUACGCCUGUUGUAGACCUGAAGCAUCACCAGAGGCGAGUGGGCCUUGUCAUGUGGCAUCCUGUGGCUGCCAAUGUUCUACUGUCUGCAGGUUCGGAUAAUAAAAUUAUCUUAUGGAACGCUGGACAAGGAGAAGCCUUCUUAGAGAUAGAUGUGCCUGACCUCAUCUUUUCAGCAUCAUUUAACUUUAAUGGAAGCAGAUUUGUGACCACUUGUAAAGAUAAGAUGACGAGGAUAAUUGACGCUAGAACAGGAAAAGUUAUCGCUCAAGAGAAAACUCAUGAAAGCAGCAAACCGGCACAAGCAGUGUACCUUAAAGAUGGCAGAAUCUUUACAACUGGAUUUUCCCGCAUGAGCGAGCGGCAGUAUUGUGUGUGGGAUAAGAACUUGAAAAAUCUUGCUGCGGAAGUGAUUGACAAUAACAACGGAGUCCUUUUCCCGUAUUAUGACUCGGAUCUAAGCAUCUUGUUUCUGGCAGCAAAGGGAGACAGUAUCAUUAGGUACUAUGAGAUCACAGAUGAGACCCCAUAUGCACAUUACUUGAAUCUGUAUCAGUCUAAAGAUGCUCAGAGAGGAUUUGCAUAUCAGAACAAGCGAGGUGUUGACAUGAAAGCCUGCGAAAUAACCAAAAUUUACAAAAUCCUCAACAAUGGCCUGUGUGAAGUGAUUCCAUUCACAGUGCCCCGAAAGUCUGACCUAUUCCAAGAUGACAUUUACCCGGACACAGCCAAGGACCAGGCAGGUCUCACAGCAGAUGAAUGGAUCGAUGGCAAGGAUGCCGAUCCCCUGAUGCUCAGUUUGAGAGAUAAGUUUAUGGCUAUGGAAGGCACCAAGCAGAGUAGUGCCAAGCCUAUACGAAAGGCUAACAUCUUGGACAACCUGAAUUCGGCAACGCCUCAGAAGGCAGAGUCAGCACCUGCUCCUGCCCCAGCUCCAACUCCGGCUCCAGCUCCAGCUCCAGCCCCAGCUCCAGUUGCUACCAAGGCUCCAGUUGUUACCAAGACUCCAGAACCAACCCCAGCACCUGUGAAAGCUGAACCAGCCUAUACUGCUCCAAAACCAAAACCAGAAACCAAACCUGCAGUCUCUGAAAAUGCAGCACCUGCAGUUUCUCUUCCAGAUGACAAUUCAAAACUACUGGGACUGGUGACAACUCUCCAGGAUAAAGUGGAGGCACAAGAGGGUCUAAUUAGUGAAUUACUGAAGAGGGUGGCAGCCCUAGAGGCAGCUUCACAAGAGAAGGAAAAUUAACGUGGUUACUGUACAUACAGACACCCAGUGGUACUGGUUACAACAUAUAUAUCUGGUGUUAUUUUGCAAUAAAGACCUAUCAGUGUUAUAAGUGGUUGGAGUGCUAGGUACAAUUAUCACCACCUCUCCAGGUAAUGCCUACUGCACAAAUGUACGGCAAUGAAAAGGACAAAAAUAUGCAAGGAUAAAUAACACAUCACUGUUAAAGGUAGCAUGUCGAUCAAAGUGUUAUUCUAUAAUACAGCUGUAACUUACCAAGUUUUCUUCAUUUGUAUUGUUUUCACUGAGGAAAUAUGUACAGUAUUUGUAAGUGUAGAGAAAAAAUAUUCAACAAGGUCUAUCACAUCAUUGUAACAUAGUGUAUAAAUUAAUUUUUGUACUGUGCUCCUGUUUUCACAAAGUUUCAAUUAGGUAAUGACAUUAUAGAUUGGAUAAAUAUGAGAAACAGUAGAUGCAUGGCAUCACACAUCAUAGUUGUCAGCCUAAAUCUUAAGUAAUACAAAAUGAUGUUAAUAUGAAUGGAGAUAUUGACAUUAAUUGGAUAGCACUAACUAUUGGUUAUUGGUGUGUUGGUAAUGUAAAAUUUAUGUAUAAUGAUACUCCUUUGUAAAUGUUCUGGUGGCUUAAAGGCUAAUGUUCACAGUAUGCUUAUCAUGUGCAGCAGAUAUCUAGCUUUUACUAUUGUUGAUUUUGAAAAUGAUUUCCUUAACCAGCUGAGCAUCAAAUUGUCGUUUCAGGAAUGUUGGUCUUAAGAAAGAAUUUUUCAUUUUUAUGUCAAAUGUUAUUACAAAAUCUAGUACAUAUUGCUAGAAAAUAUAAUUAAAGCACAUUGUAUUUUAAAGCUAAAGUGUUUGAAUUGAAGCAAGUUGUGAUAUGCUGGAUGUUAAAACAGGAGGGACCAUUUCAAUAUAUAUGUCAAGAUUGAGGAAAGAAAUUUUAAUGAUUUCUUGAAGAAGGGAAAGUUUAAAGUGUGAUUUUCCUCCUCCCAGUAAGUUAAACACAUUAAACACUCCAGCAGAGUUUAGCCUAUUGUGUUUUAACCUUUAUAACCUUUAUCCUGACCCAACAAGGUAAAUUCUGUCCAGUUAUCCUAGAAAUGGCAACAAUUGAAGACCAAGGAAAUAUUGAACAAUUUCACAUCCAAUCCGAAGGGUUUAACGUGCCCACACAUUAGUAUAGUUGUUAGGAGCGAAAUAAUUUUGUUUUCAUUUUCUGAGGAGAAAAAAAAGUCGUGAAAUUUUGCUGCUGAAAUCCAGAUUAUAACAUGGUAGAUUGUCUUAUAUUCCUAGAGAUCAGCAUUUUGCCUUUAUAUUAGUGUUACCAUACCUUGAUGAGAUGUUCUCUGAAUGUUAGGUACAAUUUGUGCAGCCUUAGGUGUCAAAUAUUUGUUAGUAAUUUUUUUACAGAAAUAGCAUUAAGAACUCAUGUAUACAACAAAACUAUUGUAUUCAAUAAUGGACAUGAUAUGAAUAUAUUGGGACAAAGAGAGUUUAUACAUUUAACUGAUCUUAUAAAUAAAGACUGAUAAAAAAAUCAAUAGUUUAUGUGUAUAUAGGGAUUAAAACCUCUGGUAUUAUAGGAGAGGUUACAUGUUAUCAAACUAUUGACUUCCUUAAUAAUAACGCUAUCCCCUCCCCUCCCUUUUGACUUUUAUAAUGCAUAUGUAUUUCAUUAUACAAUUUCAUUUGCUUGAUGUUUUGUAUAUGAAACAAUUUUGCUGAAUUGUAUUUUUUAUGCAGUAACUUUCCGAGUUUGUUUUGGAAUAUUGCCGCUUUUUUUUUGUUGGCUGUUAUAUUUUUAACGUGCUUAUAAGUGGAGAAGUUCAGGGAUAUAUAAACAAAAACAUGUAGCUGAUGGUAACAUGCACUGUCCUUCAAUCAAAUGUAGGCACUACAUAGCAAAUGGUCAGUUUAUUACACGUACUGAAUUACUAUUCUGUCACAUACCAACGCGAAAAUCUGUUACAAAAUGAAUGAUUACUAAGAUAGUGAUUCUAUUAUACAUAAAUAAUAUAAUAACCUUUCUAUUGUAUGUGGAUACUAGAAUAAUCUUGUCUAUUAUUCCUGAAUACUAGCUAGUCAAUGAUACAUGGAUACUAGAAUAGCUAGUUAGUGAUACAUGGAUACUAGAACAGGUAAUCUAUUUUACAUUGUUUCCUUGAAUAGGUGGUCUGUUAUACAUGGAUAAUGGAAGCCUGUUUAUGAUACAUGGAUACUAAAAUAACCUGUCUAUUAUUCACUAAUACUAGAAUAGCAAGUCUAUGAUACAUUGAUACAAGAAUAAGCUGUCUAUUAUACAUGGAUACUAGAAAGGUCUGUUUAUUAUACAUUAUUACUAGAACAGCUUAUCAUACAAUACUAUGGGUUCAGUAGAGAACAGUGAUGAUAUUUCCUCAACAUGAACUUAUGCCAAGCAAGGUUUUCAGUAUUUGAUGUUCGGUUCAGAAUUAGAUAAGAUCUAUAAAUUUAAGAAAUUUGAGAAUUUAGCCAAAUGUGCAAAGAAAAUUUUCAGUUCUAUAAAUGCAUUGUAUUGUAAAGACAAAUUUUUCGCUCCCUUGAACACAAUCUGAACCGGCCCUGGCAGUUUCUGUAAUGUUCUGGUAAUAUCCUACCUUUGCACACAAGUACUUGGCCUGUACAUAUUUGUAUUUGACCUGUGCAGAAGUUACACUUGACCCAUUCUUGGCUGCUAAAUCACAUAACACUCAAAUCAUCUACAAGGGUAUACCUAUGUCGUGUAAUCUUAUAAGAAUAUUUAGUUAUAAAAUAUGCUGAUGAUGUUGACACUUUUGCUAUGUGUACAUUUCUUUCCAUGAGCUAAUAUGUAUAUUUGUAUAUUGAUAGCUUGUAUAUUUAUCUACCUAAAUUUGUUUAAUGUUAUAUUUUUAUCAUUAUACAUUUGUAGCUGCUACGUAGUGAAAAUAUCACACAAGUACUUGUCUAAUUUCAAAAUUGUUUCCAGAAAUUUUAUAAAGUUAUAUGUAUUUAACUUAUUCUUGUAGUACAGUUUUGCAUAUGUCCCUAAAUUUUGUAGUGUUAUAUGUUGCUCAUUAGUGAAAAGUACUUUCAGUUUAUCUGAAAAAAAAAACUUUUGAUAUUUAUGUUUUAAAAAAAAAAAAACAAAAUUGAGGAAAAAAAUUGGCAUCAUUGUUUAAUCCUGUCUUUUAAAAUUUGAAUACGAAAGAGGAUAUCAUUCCACAUUUUAGUAACAUAAAUUCUGGAAUAAGUUAAAAAUGAGAUGUACUUGUAGCUUCUCGACUGUACAUAAAAGGCUUAAAGCAGUGUUUGUUGAUAGAGAGCAUUCCACGUAAGAACGAUUAAACUUGGUGCUGAGAGGAAAUGUGAGUUAAGUGCCCUUAAAUAUCUACCAGGCAUGUUUUUUUGUGUUUAUUAUAAGGCUGGAGUCUUUAUUAUUGAGAGAUGUGUGAUUUGUUUGUUUUGUUAGAGGAUCUGGCUGGACACAUGUAGUAGUAUGGGUAUCAUUGAAACUUCACAUUAGAAACAAAACCAAGCUGAAGUCAUCAUCUUAGAAAAAUCAAAGACUUGUCUUCACGGAAGGAGCAGAAUUAAAAUUAUUCUAAUAAUUAUUCAUAUUCCCAUGUGACUUUUGUUUUGAUUUUUUCACAAUAUUUUAGCGGCACUGUUAAGCACCUGGAACCUACAGCAAUGUUUCUGUGUUUGGCUACUUUAUGCUUAAAUUAUAAGAAUUUCAGUCAUUUCUAUAGUAAUAUCAGUAUUGCUAUGAAUUUCUGAGCAUGCGAAUGAAAUUAAUGGAUUUAAUUAGUGAUGAAUGGAUACAAUUUGUUAUAGUUGUUAUUGAAGUUGAUUUUUUUUAUAUAAAUUUUUCAGGUGACAUGAUCUUAUACUAAAGUGCGUAUAUAUCUGUUGACAAAAACAUGCACUUCCAUCGCACCUAAGCAAUUAACCUAUAUGUAAAUAACGAUUUUGUUAAAAUGCUGAUCAAAAUAAUGUAAAGUGUUGAGAAAAAAUAGUCCAAUACUACUGAAAUAUGUACAUGUUGUUAAGAUUUUUAAGCUUCAAGAAAAAAAAAUCCAGGUGGAAAACUCUGCAUAAAUAAACUGCUGCACUAUUAACAUAUUUAGCGUGAUUUUCUCUGAAGAUUUGACCGUCUUCGAAGCUUUCUCUCUCAGUGAAAAUACCUGAAUUUUGUUGUGAAAUUUUGCUUUUAGAUUUACAUUCACAAAACCUACAAAAAAAUUAUCUUGGCAUCAUAUUUAAUUCUUCUGACAGUCAAACUUUCUUUUGUUCCGUAAUUUUUGUUUAUACACCUUAAUGGAGUGAAGGCCUCCCAAUCAUCAGAUUUAUGUUGAUAUUACAGCUUGAAAAUAAAUACUGAAAUUUGAGAAUGGCUUUCUAUCUGUAUAACACAGAUAACCUGCACUUAAGCCUAAUUAGUGUCAAGGUUCAGGUAUAUAUGUUAAGAGUAAUAAUUACAAAAUAUCGAUUUGUAGACUGAUUAUAAUAUGUACAAUGCAUAUGUCUCUCUAAAUGUCUUAAAUGCUCUUUCAACAUUAAAAUACAACCAACUGGA